AUGGUAUACCCACCCUCUCAAGCGCACCAGUAGGUGCUGUGCCAUCAGAUCCUCCAGGGGCCACAACUUCCAUCGCCUCUCUCUAUCUCUCUCUAUCUCUCUUCUCACCGAGAAUUUGUUCCGAUCCUCUUAUGGUUACGACCCGCCUGCCGUCCGCUGCCACACAGCAGCGGAGUUAGUGACUACGCAAUCGGUCGAGCUCGUCGUGAGGCUCUUCCGCUCUUGGUCGGUGGUGCUGUUUCGCGUCCUGGGAAAAAUGGAUGCGGAGGCGGCGAGAAGGAAGCAGGUGGCGCCUCCGCAGGAGAAGAGGAAGCGCGGCCGGCUGGAGCUGCGGCGGAUCCAGGACCGGACGAGCCGGCAGGUGCGCUUCUCCAAGCGCCGGAGCGGGCUGUUCAAGAAGGCCCACGAGCUCUCCGUGCUGUGCGACGCCGAGGUCGCGAUGGUCGUCUUCUCCCCCGCCGGCCGCCUCUAUCACUACGCCUCCCUAGGCACCAGCAAUCCUUUGGCAGGUGGCAUUCUUAAUCAAUCUGAAGAAGAGGGGCAAGAAUCAGAGUCUGAAGCACAUUCAGGCUCACUGCAGCAAGAAACUCCAGAACCUGAGCAGAUUCAGGGUGAAGUUGAGAGAAAUCAACAAGAGCAAGAGGUUCAGCAUCACAUGAGAACAAGAUUAAAAGACAACAUUGUCAAAACCAAGAAACUCACUGAUGGUACAGUCAGGUAUGCUCAGCAAGGCAGAGGAUUUGUGGUCACUGAAGAAAAUCCGACAACAACUGCAUUGAUUGCCUCAGUCCAGAAUUCAGUCAGUGAACCAUAUGAUCUGCAGCAAGCACUAAAGGAUCCAGGCUGGAAGCAAGCUAUGGAUGAAGAAUAUUCAGCAUUGCAAAGAAAUCAGACAUGGGAACUGGUUCCUCCAAGAGCAGGAGUCAAUCUGAUUGACAGCAAAUGGGUGUUUAAGGUUAAAAGAAAAGCUGAUAGUUCAGUGGAAAGAUUGAAGGCCAGAUUAGUGGCAAAAGGCUUCAAACAGAGGUAUGGCAUUGACUACUUUGACACUUUUUGUCCAGUUGUUAAGCCGACCACCAUCAGAAUUAUUCUAUCAUUAGCUGUCAGCCAGGGAUGGAGUAUGAGACAGAUUGACAUCCAAAAUGCUUUUCUCCAUGGACUCCUUGAAGAAGAAGUCUAUAUGAGGCAACCCCCAGGGUAUAUUGAUCCAAACAAGCCAAAUUAUAUCUGCAAGUUGAAGAAGGCACUUUAUGGGUUGAAACAGGCCCCAAGAGCCUGGCACUCAAGGCUAACCAGGAAGCUACAAGAAUUGGGUUUUCAGGCUUCAGUAGCAGAUGCUUCACUAUUUGUGUUCAAGCAGAAUGGAUUGUCAAUUUAUAUGCUUAUAUAUGUGGAUGACAUAAUCAUAGUCAGCUCAAAUGAUUCAGCCACAGAUAAGCUCAUCAAGAAUCUAGCAGAUGAUUUUGCUGUGAAGGAUCUAGGAAAUCUUGAGUACUUCCUAGGAAUUGAAGUGAAGAAAACAAGAGAAGGAAUUCUGUUGUCUCAAAAAGGUUAUGCACUUGAUCUCCUGAAGAAGGCAAAUAUGGAGAAAUGCAAAGCAAUUUCAACCCCAAUGUCUGCAACUGACAAGCUGUCCAAGAAUCAAGGAACAACACUGAAUGAGAAAGAGCAUUUCAGAUAUAGGAGUACAGUUGGUGGACUCCAAUACCUGACACUCACUCGACCUGACUUAUCAUUUGCAGUCAACAAGGUGAGUCAAUACCUACAAAGUCCAACUGAUGUGCAUUGGACAGCUGUCAAAAGAAUACUUCGAUUUGUGAAAGGAACAAUAGACUAUGGACUACAAAUUCAGAAGACACCUUCAGUCAUGUUGUCAAGCUUCUCUGAUGCAGACUGGGCUGGCUGCCCAGAUGACAGGAAAUCAACUAGUGGUUUUGCCAUCUUCUUGGGUGAUAAUCUAGUGGCAUGGAGCUCAAGGAAGCAAGCCACUGUGUCCAGGUCGAGCACCGAGGCUGAGUACAAGGCAAUAGCCAAUGCAACAGCCGAGCUGAUUUGGAUCCAAGCACUACUGAAGGAGUUGGGAAUUUAUUUGCAUAGGCCACCAAGGAUGUGGUGUGAUAACGUUGGAGCAACCUACCUGACUGCAAAUCCCACCUUCAAUGGCAGAACAAAACAUGUCGAAGUUGAUUUUCACUUUGUCAGAGAACAAGUUGCUAGGAAGGCAAUGGAGGUCAGGAUCAUUUCCUCUAAAGAUCAGUUAGCAGAUGUCAUGACUAAACCUCUGUCAAAGGCACCAUUUGUCAAGAAUUGCAGCAAUCUCAACAUAGGUACUCUGUUGUGAUUGAGGGGGACUGAUAGAAAAUGUGUUUUACACCCUGUGUACGUGGCUGGCUUAGGGCGUAAGGUUCGGCAUGCAGUGACUGUGUCUCGUUCUGUUAAGGACGUGGUCACGGUGACCGAGUAUUCAGGCGUCACUAGUGCACGCUCCCCGCGAUCUUAUCACGAUCUGUUGUACUCUGAUGUAAACUUGAUUGAGCUAUAAAUAGAACACGAUCCCAUCGAGGAUCUGUGCACCUUUUCAUCAAACUUUUCAGAGUUUAGAUU